GGCGCCCUGCGGUCCUCCAGUGCUGGAGCUGGGCCGGCCUGGAGCGGCCCCGCCCACGGCCGAGGUUUCGGUUUCCCGUGGGAGCCCCGCCCCGUGCCCCGGGAGCCCGAGGCGGCGGGGAUAAAUGGCUGGUGCGGCGGCUGGAAACCUGACCCCUGGGGGAUCGGAGCUCGUCGAGGGAUGCGGCUGGCGCUGCCCGGAGCAUGGCGACCGCGUGACCGAGCUCUUCUGUCGCAGCUGCCGCCGCUGCGUGUGCGCGCUUUGCCCGGUGCUGGGCGCGCACCGCGGCCACCCGGUGGGCCUGGCGUUGGAGGCGGCGGUGCACGUGCAGAAACUCACCCAAGAAUGUUUAAAGCAGCUGGCAAUCAAGAAGCAGCAGCACGUUGACAACAUAACCCAGAUAGAAGAUGCCACUGAGAAGCUCAAGGCUCAUGCAGAGUCAAGUAAAACCUGGCUGAAGGGGAUAUUCACUGAACUCAGAUUACUACUUGAUGAAGAGGAAGAAGCGGCCAAGAAAUUCAUUGAUAAAAACACACAGCUCGCUCUCCAGGUGUACAGGGAACAAGUUGACUCUUGCAAAGAGCAACUUGACGUCACGAACGAUCUCUCCAACAGGGUCUGGAGUAUCAGCCAGGAGCCCGAUCCUGUCCAGAGGCUUCAGGCAUACACGGCCACCGAGCAGGAGAUGCAGCGGCAGAUGAGCCUCGGGGAGCUGUGCCACCCUGUGCCCCUCUCCUUUGAGCCCAUCAGGAGCUACUAUAAAGGUCUUGUGGAAGCCAUGCAGAGUACACUACAGACGCCACUGGACAUUCGCCUUAAGGAAAACAUGAACUGCCAGCUCUCAGACCCUUCCAGCACCAAGCCAGGUACCUUGCUGAAAACCAGCCCCUCACCAGAGCGAUCCCUCUUCCUAAAAUACGCGCGCACGCCCACGCUGGAUCCGGACACGAUGCACGCGCGCCUGCGCCUGUCUGCAGACCGCCUGACCGUGCGCUGCGGCCUGCUGGGCAGCCUGGGGCCGGUGCCCGCGCUGCGGUUCGACGCGCUCUGGCAGGUGCUGGCUCGCGACUGCUUCGCCUCUGGCCGCCACUACUGGGAGGUGGACGUGCAGGAGGCCGGCGCCGGCUGGUGGGUGGGCGCGGCCUACGCCUCUCUGCGGCGCCGCGGGGCCUCGGCCGCCGCCCGCCUGGGCUGCAACCGCCAGUCCUGGUGCCUCAAGCGCUACGACCUUGAGUACUGGGCCUUCCACGAUGGCCAGCGCAGCCGCCUGCGGCCCCGCGACGACCUCGACCGGCUCGGCGUCUUCCUGGACUACGAGGCCGGCGUCCUCGCCUUCUACGACGUGACGGGUGGCAUGAGCCACCUGCACACCUUCCGCGCUACCUUCCAGGAGCCACUCUACCCGGCCAUGCGUCUCUGGGAGGGGGCCAUCAGCAUCCCGCGGUUGCCCUAGGGGCCAGGACCAGCGUGACAGCCUCCAGGUCUGUACCUAGAUCAGCGUGGCUGGUCCCCUUACUACCUACUUCUCAGGGCCGUCUCCCUGCCCCAGCCCUCCCCAACCAGUCACACCCGCAGUGGUUUGAAGGGUUCCUCUCCUAGGCUAGUUUGAAACAUGCCCUAAACAAGUCCGCUGCUGCCCUCUCAUCAGACCUCCACACCCCCACCCCCACCACUUACUCUACUCUAGGCCACUUCCUUCAAAGUGACAUACCCACAGAUAACCCUCAGCAUCCGGAACAUAUCAUCCACCACCUGGGAACUUUCUCCCUCGUACAGCACAAGAACCUGGCACAUAGUAGGCACACAGUAAAUAUCUGUGAAUGAAUGAGUCAUCCAGCACUGACUCUUCUGUCCCGUGAGGUCUCUUGGAUCUACCGCUUCCUUCUCACCUAUUUCAUCUUGUCCACAUCACACCUUCCUCCAGAACAACUGUGAGAGCUUCUUAGCAGUUCCUGGUCUGAACCCUCUCCCAGUCCUCAUCUUUCACCCUAAAACCAGGGUGCUCUUCCUAAAAUUUCACUUGUCAGAACUAUGAAGAGGCUUCCAGGAGUUUCCAUGGAAAAACAAAAAA